AUUAUUAUUUGGAUUUUAAAUAGAAGUUAGUAGUUAGUUAAAUGGAGGGGAUUGAAUGAAAAAGAAAUUGAUGGAAUUGAUAUAAGAGCAGCAGCGCACACCUCAGGGCUGUUGUUGAUCGCGGCGGAGGGUGAUAUAAUGUUCCGGUCAUCUCUCAGCUGGAGAUGCUCCAACAAAGUAUAGAUUCAAAGUUUUGUGAUUACAAUCAGGGCAAUUCUAAAAUGGAUUUGCCCAAUGCUGCUGCAAACAACACAUCGCUUACUCAUCUGCUGCCAACCUCCGAUAUCGGAACCUCUUCCUUCUUAAAGGAGGAUAAGGAUCCUGCUACCAAUUCUAACACACCCUCCUCUGACCACCCUCUCCAACAAUCUCCACCCAAUAAUGCUGCCAAUGGACAUCUCGUCUAUGUCCGUAGAAAAUCAGAAGGAGAAAUGCCCAAAAAUACCCCUUUUGAAAAUACAACUGUUAAUGCUUCUUCUUCUCCACUUUCAACCCAACUUUAUUGUCAAGAGGAAAUUGCUCAACCAAAACCUCACAUAAACGUUUCUUGUGUCCCACCAUUUGCACCUUUUCCUAUGGCAUCUUCAAUAACCUCAUCUGGAAACCCUUCUAUUCCUGUUUCUCAUGGGAAGUCUGGCAUGAUGUUGGCGCCACUUGAGUCCAAUUACGUCCCACCUUCUUCUGGACAUACCAUUGCCAAUCCUAAGCUAUUUAAAAAUGUGCAUUGGGAAGAGCGUUAUCAACAGUUGCAGUUGUUUUUAAGGAAAUUGGACCAAUCAGACCAAGCCGACUACAUCCAAAUGCUUCAAUCUCUGUCUUCGGUUGAACUUAGCAGACAUGCUGUUGAGUUAGAGAAGAGAUCAAUUCAGCUUUCACUUGAGGAAGCUAAAGAAUUACAACGAGUUGCUGCUUUAAACGUCUUGGGGAAAUCAGUGAAGAACUUCAAAGCACCAGUGGAUCAUGGCGAGUGUUCAGACAAGUUGAAGACAUUGACAUGACUUUUCUGCCUUUUAUGGUGCAGUAAUUUUCCUAUGGCAGUGAAAACUUGAGACUGUUUACUGUGCAUAGUCGCAAUGUUUUUAUGCUGAUUGUUUUUAAUCUCCUGGUUAUCCAGUUAACUAAGAAAGUAAUUUGCAUCUCUUUUUGUUGUUGUUGUUGUUGUUAUGAAAAUUAAAAAUGGGGAUUGUUUGUACA